GAUCUACUGAAUCUCUAGAUCUUUAAUUUUGUCUCUGGUCAAAAGAUAGCUCAGUCAUUUGUGUAGAUUGUAGUCUAUGAUAGUAGCUAGCAGUAGACUAGGUAUCAGCUAGUUGAUAUAAAUGGCUGCUAGAUCACUGCCAGUACCUAAGAAGGUCUAUGAGAUCAAGGACUUGCCUCUAAACCCCAAAGCAAGUAGUUGCCUAAUUCGUGGCUCUGAUGAACCGGACACGCCCCUCCUACUGAGAGACAGACAGACAUCUACCAUUAUAGAAACGAUCAUAAAGGAGCAGAAACAGAAGCAUGGUGUGUCAAGGUCCCCUCAACCUUUUGGCAAUGAUGACUCGGACAGUGACGAUGCUGCGUAUACCAAUUCCUUUACUAAGGACAUCUCUUUCUACGAGGGGCCAGAGGAAGCAGCUAAGAUCAAGCAGACACUAACCAUCGCCUUGGCAACUGUUGUCAACUUGAGGGAGGUACCAAAUGACGACACUAACAAACAGCUAGCGGAGUAUGUGUUCAAGGUGUUUGAUACAGAUGAGGCCACAAUGAGGCAAGAGUGGAAGAAAGCGUCUGCUCAAGAGAAACCAGAAUCGAAGCUUGUAUGUACUGUGAGGAGUGGAUCGGGACUAGUAGCCAAAGAUGCCAACCGCAAGAGUGACCCGUAUGUUCGUAUUGGGAUCAUUGAUGCCACUUGUCAGGGGGAGGAUAUUGUGAGGAAAGAGAACCUCCUCGACUGGAAGAAAAGGGGCGGAAUCAUGCCCACGGGAGAAAUACGGGAGACAAGUGUGCGGAAAGCUAACCUCAACCCUCAGUGGAAUGAGACUCUCGAACUGUCGAUGGGCUGUGCUGAGCGAGAGAUGCUAGUGGUGGAGGUGUGGGACGGUCCCACGAGGGUCAAGGGCAUUCGACAAUUUGUGAAGGAUUUGCAUAAGACUGAAGAGUACAUGGGACGUGCGUUUUUCUCACUGUUAGGACUAAAACGUGUAGAAGGCAAAGAGAUGGAGCUUUUCUCUCACUCAGGGAAGAGUCGCUACGGCUCCAUCAUUGUGGACCUGUCAGUGGAACAGGUCAAGAAGAACACCUCUCUAGAGGUUGGCAUGUGGGAGCAUCUGCAGCUGACUCAUGCUGUAGUGAACCACGAGGGUCGUGUGGGGGGUCAGUAUCGGAGGAGGUGGAGGGGAGAGUUGAGUGAGGAGGCAGAGAAACUACUGGAUAAGCACGCAAAGCUCAGUGGACUCAGUGAAGCACAUAAAGCAGUCACUCGUUUUUCCAUCUUAAUCAAGUACCAUCGGAUGUUUGCUGUCAAGAUGUCUACCAUCUCUUCCCUUAUCCAGAAGAUCACAACCCUGGCACCGGAAACAGCUGCUCUAAAAGCCAAAGGGUACACUGAGGACCUUGAAGAGCUAGCAAUGGACAUUGAGGAGGUCCUUAAGAAUCAUCUCACUUUGCUCAAUAUCAAGGAGCACAAGGAUGUGGAGAGCAUGAAGCAUCGUGUACGCAUUCUGCUCCAGCUGUACAAGUUCACCCCAUUUGUGGAACGCCUCCCUGAAGAGAAACGGUCGUUGUCACAGCUGUUGGAGAAGAGCAUUCAGGCUGCUGUCCCCAGUUGGUUCCUCAUGCUCUGUGCCAAGCUAAUGCCUGACCAGAAUACACCGGACAUGCAGCUGAUUGCUUUCAAGGGUCUCAUUGAACACAUUCUUAACCACUGCAAAAGAGUGCUGCAACACGUCAACCCCAUCUUUCAGAAAGCCGGCGUAGACUACUUUACUCACUUCUAUCUCGCUAUCGAUAAACUCAUUUUCAUGGAGGCGAUGUCCACGCUUCGGAUAAAACAAAGCCCUGAUGCUGUGACCACGUAUGAGGUGUAUACAACCAUCAAAGAGAUCAAAAAGCUCCAGAAAAACAUUCCAAAAGAACACUGUCAGCAGUUGAAGAUAGCCGAGUCCCAUAACUGGUUUCAGAGCAAAGUCAAUCAGUGGAUCGAUCUGGCCACAGAGAGGUGCAAAUCAGGCAUUAAGAAAGCCAUUGAACUAGACAAGGUGGUCCAGGUCACGGAUGAUGUCCAGUUCUCAUCCUCGGCUGUUGACGGAGCCGGGCUCCUGUUCCUCCUCAUGAAAUUCAGCGAUGAACUUGAGUGGUCAGCCAAUGCAGAGGCAUUUACAUUCAAGAUCUCCGUGGUGAGGAAUGUGUGUGAGUGUGCCCAAUUCUAUGUGUCUGAGGUCUACAAUCGCCUGAGGCCAGAGGACAUGCUUGAUGAACAGGGGCGCUUUAGGGCCACUGAAAAGCUGAGUAUAGUGCUGAACAACAUGCAACACGUCAAGACAGUGAUAAUGAAGCACUUGAUGGAUCACUCACUGGAACAGAGCGGCAAGAAACUAACAAAAGAAGAGCAAGAUAUUCAGACUCACUCCAAGGAGGUUAUGGGAACACUCAUUCAAAGUACUGGGGAAUACAUUGAUAACAAAAUGACCCAUAUCAUCAGUCAAAUCGUUUUGAAGAUGAACCCUGAUAUGACAACACAUAUGAAAAAAAUUGUCGAGAAGAAGACGCCCACGAUUAGUCUAGAGGUGAUCGACCCUCUGAUGAGUUAUCUGGCUAGCAACCUCCAGACACUGGGCAAAAGUCUUCUCACUCCAGUCUUCCAGCUAAUCCUGACAAACAUGUGGUGUAUGUCUAUUGACUGUCUACAGAGCGUGCUCAACUCUGAUGCAGCCAAGAAGAGUAACGAUCGCAGUCAGUACUAUUCAAAGGUCAAGUUUAUCCAACAGAGCUUCAAGGAGUUCUUCCAUGCUGAUGGGAACGGGCUUGACUUGGAGAGCUUGAACACUGACAAGUACAAGGAGCUCCUUUAUCAGCUUGACAUUCUGAGCCUCCAAACAGACAAACUGAUUUUGAAAUUCUUCUCUGAUUUGGCCGAUAUUCAAACAGCCCUGGUAAACUCCGAAAAAGAUAACUACGGGAAGGUUCUGCUCAGUGUGGGCUGCCAUCAAGACAAGGAGGUUAUUGAGGUCAAUCUCUUCCAGGCCAACAAGCUGCCAAGCCUGGACAGUACAGGACUCAGUGACCCAUUUGUUGAGUUGACUCUGAUGCCUCCCUGGCACUUUGGCCACACCCAGUCAAAGAAACUGAAGACCUCUGUCAAAAAGAAGACGCUAAAUCCAGUUUUCAAUGAGGAUUUCAUCAUGCCUGCUAGUAAAGCAUCUCUUCAAACUCGAGGAGCUGUCAUAUUACUGACUAUCUUUGACUAUGACUUGCUUCGUUCCAAUGAUUUGUGUGGAGUGUGUGUCGUACCGUGUGAAGACAUUCCCAUCCUCUCUCCAGUGCGUUCAGCCUUUGACAAUCCUGGCGCCAUUGUGAAGAAGAACUUGAUACUACCUCUCUUCAAGAUCCCUGCAAGUACAAUGUCUCUGAAUGAGUUACUUGCUCGAGCUAAUUCAUCUGAUCUAAGAGUUGCUGACUUCCUCAAGGAGAAUAAACAAAUUCUGGCAGAUUUGGAUAUCGAUAAUCCCACACUCCAACAGAGCCUCAUGCCAAAACAUCUGAAACGUAUAAAAAUGGGUGCAACUGAACUACUUACCAUGGCUUCGAAGUUUCGAAAGCACUAACUUUAUAUAUGUGCUGCAUGUGUUUACUUGACUGCCCUUUUAUAGUCCGGACACUCAACUUAUAAUUACCCUUCCUUCACAAUGUUUAUUGUUAGUCAUAAUUAUUAUACUGUCAUUUCGCAGGUGAAGUAUUAUCAUAGUUUUAAAACUCAUAAGAGAUUUAUAUCUACAUGCACGUAUAUAUAUAUAUAUAUAUAUAUAUAUAUGUUUGUCCACUUGACUGAUUUUGUGUGUGCGUUUUAUGUAUUACAAUGAAUUCAAAUGCACUCCUGAAUUGAAUCUGCAAAAUCA